AGACCGAAUCUAGAAAGCUCAAGAUCCGCUCAGAGAAAUGGCAGAAACCGCCCCAGCUCCAGCUGCCGCUGCGCCGGCUAAAGCGCCCAGGAAGAAGUCUGCUGCUAAAGCCAAGAAGGCCGGUCCAGGCGUUGGCGAACUGAUCGUCAAAGCAGUGUCCGCGUCCAAGGAGAGGAGCGGUAUGUCCCUAGCCGCCCUGAAGAAAGCUCUUGCCGCCAGUGGUUACGACGUGGAGAAGAACAACUCCCGCGUUAAGCUCGCCAUCAAGGGUAUGGUGACUAAAGGCGUCCUGAAGCAGGUCAAGGGGACCGGCGCCUCCGGCUCCUUCAAGCUCAACAAGCAGCAAGAAGCCCAAGAGCGCUGCCAAGAAGCCCGCCGCUAAGAAGUCGCCCAAGAAGGCCAAGAAACCCGCAGCGGCCGCCAAGAAAGCAACUAAGAGCCCCAAGAAGGCCAAGAAGCCCGCGGCUCCUAAGAAAGCUGCCAAGAGCCCCAAGAAGGCCAAGGUGGCUAAGCCCAAGACGGCGAAGCCUAAAGCGGCCAAGCCCAAGAAGGCAGCACCCAAGAAGAAGUAGAUGACAUCUUCAGCUGUUUGUUCCUCAACGGCUCUUUUAAGAGCCACCCACUCAUUCUGAAGAAAGAGCAGAACUCUUUAAUUAAACUGAUGUUAAGACAUUAGCCCUCUAAAUGCGUUUAAUAAAAUAAA